AUGUCAACCGCCCGGUUGACCUUCUUAUAUCCUCACCUAUUUCGGGCUGCUCGCUUUGGCAAGUCUCCAGCUCAGAGAGCAAACCUCCGAUGUCGCAAGUGCCCCCCUAAUAUCCGAAAACCACGCUUGGCCGCCUUCUCCUCCUCAACUCCCGCAAGACAGGCCGUCUUUGAGAGACAUGGCAAGGCUGUAGAGCCGGUUCCCCCUAUCCCAGAUGUCGUACAACUUCCAGAGCCAGGCAAAGAUCCGUCAAAGCCGCCGAGUUUUGAAUCCUCGACCGAUAAAAAGAGCACAGAGAAAAAGGAAAUAACACAAGAGCCUCAAGAAGCCAAAGAUACAAAAGAUGCUAAAGAUGCAACACCAAAGGAGUCGGACAAGACAGAAGCUACUCCGCAGGAAGGGUCUACAGUCACCGGCUCGCCCUCUCCUAACCCGCGCCUAGCUGCGACGGAGACCAAAAUGCAAGAGAGCGGCCCGAUGGAAGCAGUAUUACAUAUGCCACCCCCCGACAAAUCGCACCAUCCGCAUCUAUCAACACCGCCGUAUGUCCAUCACUUCGACAGCUAUACUCUCGUGAAGGGGUUGGAGGCCGAUGGCUACUCUAGGGCGCAGGCCAUAACGGUAAUGAAGGCCAUCAGAGGAUUGCUGGCCUCUAAUCUAGACGUUGCCCAGGACGGGCUAGUGAGCAAAAGUGACGUUGAUAAUGAAACGUAUUUGUUCCGCGCAGCUUGUUCAGAGCUCAGCGCCGAGGUCACGAACAACCGAAAGAUCGCUGACGAGACGACACGCCAGCAGCGAACCCAUCUCCAGCACGAGGUAGACAUCGUGACCCAACGGAUGAGCCAGGAUCUUAUGACACUCAAGGACGAUGUCAAGGGCAUGUUUAACGAUCGUAAGAUGAAUGUCAGAGAAGAGCAGAGGGCAAUGGAUAGCACUAUCCAACAGCUCAACCUCAAGAUCAGCGUGACGCUCAACAGUGACUCUAGAUCCGAUAUCGAAGGUUUAAGAUGGGUGCUAAUCCGUCGAUCCGUGCUUGGAAUCAUAUUCAUGGCAGUACUCACGUUGGGUACUCUGCGGUAUGCAACUUACGUCAAGCACGAGGCACAGAGGGAGGCCGAGGAGAAGGCUCGCCGAGCCGAGAGACGUAGGAACAAUCUCGGACGGGAAGACCAUGCUUUAUCGGUAGACGCGGCAGAGAUUCUGGCAGCGAAUUAA